AUGGAAGAAAUCAAUCUUGAUUGUCUUGUUCUUAUCUUCAAUGUAUUAAUAAAAGAUGAGAAGUCUUUACAUUCUUGUCUUUUAGUUAAUAAAAAAUGGUGUAACAUUGUGGUUCCGAUCUUAUGGAAGAGAUGUUUCUUAGGUGAAAUAAAUGAAAAACUUUGCAAUGUUAUACUUUCUUUCUUACCAUCCUCUUCAAAAAAACUUUUAUCAAAUAAUGAUAUUAAAUUACCUUCUUUAACACUUUCAAAAUUUCCAUUAUUUAAUUAUAUAAGUUUUUGCAGAUAUAUAUCCCCUGAUGAUGUGGACAAAAUCAUUAAUAUAGUGUUAAAGAACCUUUGUAAUGAUCAUAGAAGAAAUCUUAUGGAGCAAGAAAUUUACAAGUUAUUUAUUAGUCAAUGUAAAAAUGUUAAAUAUUUAUGUUGGACAACUCGUCAGCCUUUAACUUUAUUUCCAGGAGCAUCAAUUUUCUUCUCUCAACUCUAUGAGUUAUAUAUUAAUAUUGAUUCUGUGAAUUCUGAUGCUCUUUAUGAGCUAGCACAAAUUUGUAAAGAUUUAAAUACUUUAUCUAUCAGCGGUUAUUGUAAUAUUCCUAAUUUAUUUUACUUGAUUGAUGCUCAGAGGAAUUUAAAAAAACUAAGUCUUCAUGCUGAGGUUGAUGAAAAGACUGGUAAUUGUGGUAAAGAACUAAGCAAAGCAUUAAGAAAUAGAACUACUAUAAAUAGUCUUUAUCUAAACUCAAUUGAUAAUAUUGUACUUUCUUCUUUAACAACACUUGUCAAUCUAAAAAAGUUAACAAUUCUUCAUUGGAAAAAUUAUAAAGAAAUUCAACAAUAUCUUGCAAUUUAUGAAUUUCCAAACCUUCAACAACUUAUAUUAAGGCAAGGUCAUUUAUCUAGCUUUAAAGAGAUUUCUUUAUUAAUUGAAAAAACUAUGGGAAACAUUUCAGAAAUUGACAUUGUUACUAUCAAUAAAACUGCUAAAGAAGCAGAAAUUUUAAUUAAAGCAAUUGUUGAUAAUUGCCCAAAGAUUAGUGAUUUAUAUACAUAUAUUGAACCUAAAGAUUUUAUUCAUGUUAAAACAUUAUUAUUAAAUUGUAGAUUUUUAAGAAUAAUAGAAUUAAGAAGUUUAGAAUUUUUUAUAAAUGAAAAUGAUAAUAAUAUAGGAGAUGAAUUAUUGGAUAUUUUUAUCUUAUUUUCUCCAAAAUCUUUAGAUAAUAUAUCUAUUAGUGGAUUUUGGAAGUAUUCAAUUGAUGCUUUUAACCGAUUUUUUGAAGGUUUUAGAAAGCGGCCUUUGCAGCAUUUCAAUAUUAUUUUUGAUAAACUAAGUUAUAGUAAUAUUACAAGUAAUCAUAAAAUUAUAAUUAGAAAAUAUAUUAAUGAAGGAGUGGUGAAAUAUUCUUCCUGUUAA